UUAACAUUCCAAAGGAAGUACUAGAAUGGGACUAUGAUGCUCGAUCUAGAUACGCAGCAUGCGCGAAGAAAGGAACUCAAACAAUGCAUAGAGCUCGUGCAAUGAUUGUUGGUUGUGCGGGAGCUGGAAAAACUACACUUCUUAGGCGACUACAGCGACGAAGUAUUCAAGAGUUACGACAAAUACAGUCGACCGUAGGGCUGGAGGUGUAUGAAAACUUAUUUGAAAUUGACAGGGAUCGUAAAUGUUUAAAAGGUCUGGAGGAAGAUGUUGAUACAGAAAAUAAGCGCCUACUAAGUGUUGUAGAUUUUGCUGGCCAGUGUGCGUAUUACGCCUGUCAUCAAGUCUAUCUCAGUAGAAGAGCUUUUUAUCUUCUUGUGAUCGAUAUGUCAAAAAGGUUUGAUGAAAAAGUUGAUCGAACAUUGUGUGAACAGGAAGGAACCAUGUUUGCAGACUGGACAUUUGGACAAUAUGUCAUUUUUUGGUUGAAAUCUAUCCAUACCUACUGCGAGGAUGACACCCCAGUUGUUACCAUAGCAACCCAUUCUGAUGAAGUGCAAAAUAUG